GACGACGCACGACCGUGGCGCUCCUCCGCUCUAACCAAAAUUACUGUGGGAGGCAGUAUAAAAGCACCGUGAUUGAAGCGCCUCCCUCAAAGAAUCUCUAUCACACCUUCUUCACCUCCCCCUAUCACUCACGAUGGUACUCAAGCUCUAUGGCGCCGACAUCUCGACCACUGGUCCUAUGGUGGCUCUGGUCCUGCACGAACUGAACGUCCCGUUCGAGUAUAUCCAGCUCGACCUCCUCCGCGGAGAGCACAAGCUCCCUGAACACACCCGGAAUCAGCCCUUCGGACGCGUCCCAUACAUCGAUGACGACGGCUAUAUGCUCUUCGAAAGCCGCGCCAUAUGCCGCUACCUCUGCCGGAAGUACGCUGAUCGUGGUGGACGCGCGCUCUACCCAGUGGACGACCUCGAUGCCUUCGCGCGCGUAGAGCAAGGCAUAUCGAUCGAGUCAUCCGUCUUCGAUCCAGCCGUCCGCACUAUGUUCACCGAGAAGGUGUACAAGCCGAUGCUUGGUCUUCCGGGCAGCGAUGCGGUCUACGCUGAGGCCUACGCAAAGCUCGACGAGGCGCUCGAAGUCUACGACAAGAUCUUGGUGAAGCAUCGGUACAUGGCCGGAGAUAACUUCAGCUUGGCCGACCUUCUUCAUAUCCCUUAUGCACGGCGCCUGGCACCUGACGUUGGCUGUCGCUUCAUGGAGACGAAGCCAAACGUGGCGAGAUGGUACAAGGAGAUCACGUCGCGAUCGUCUGCCCUAGCAAACAAAGACGGAAUCAAGGAGGUCUCAGUGAAGGCGUCGGACCGGCAUCCCUAGUUUGUAACCACAUACGUGUAGUCCUUUCUCCAAAUGCCAUCUGCCUUGAGGAUCGCGUACAAAUGAAGCGGGACCUCGGACGCACCGAA